CGUCCAGGAGCUGCGGUUCUGGACAUUUUAAGGUGAACACGUUUAGUUUGAAGCGGAGUUAAAAACGCGGACAGAGCUGCUGUGGACGAAGAACACAUGAGAGGAGGAGGAAGGCGCGGUCCGGUGGCACAGCUGGAUGUGUUCUGAAAAAUAAAAUAAAACAAAAAUAAAAAACCACCCCAAAGCGGAGAGUUGCUGGGACUUGGCGGUGUUUCAGACUCCGGUGAGCGGCGACGAUGCUGCGCUCCGGUUCUCCGGCUUGAACAGCUCAAAGUGAAGCAGAAAGUGUCAGUUUUGGUGGAUGUUUCCUGGAGGAACGCGAUGGUUCCCCGCUGACUGUCGCAACACGCUGCGGUAGGUGAACCAGACCCGGACCUCCUCAGCUGCAGUUUCACCUCCUUCAUCUCCACCUCAGAAUGGAUUUCCACCUCCUCCUGUCGGGCUCUGCUGAAAGUCAGUGACAGCUGAAGCGCAGCGCCGAGGAUCCGGCGGAUGCCUUCUUGCCCUCCGCUGCUUUCCCACCAUUUGCGCAAGGAAUUUCAUUUUUGAAUUUUUAAUUUGGAGCGGUGGGGGAAUGACUAAUCACACAUUCUGCUGCUCUUCCUCAGCUCAUUUAGACUAGUCACUGUGGUUUCUGCUUUUUAUUUUUGGAAUUCUUGGACAAAAGGGUUCCUGUGAGCCAUCAUUGCGCGCGUCAUCUCCACUGAUUCAUAAUUUUUUUGGGGGGGCGCAUUGAUCGUGGGGCUGCGCGCAAUAAAGGACUUGGAUUUGGCGACGCCAGCCCUCGUUCCCUUUCCACAGUUAACCAAUUUGCAGCAACUUUCCCGUCUCAUGUGGAGGGAAAACGCUCGGUCUGGCGUGCACAAGUCGCUCAGGUUCGCUUCAGACUCCGGAAAGACUGUAGCCGGGUGUUUGAUUUGGGAAGACCUCGACAGUGUCACAGAUCUGUCUAUUGCGCAUUAUCCAACUUAAAAAAAGACAACCGUGGAAGAACUGUUGGAGGCUGCGGAGAUAUUUAUCCACCAUCUUCUACUGGAACAACUGGGAUUUUAACAUCCACCUGCUGGGAAUUUCUACCAUGUCAGGUGUCCGGGAUCUCAGAUGGCCUCUCUUCAUCUGUGUGGCGGCGCUUUCAUGUGCUCUUGCAGGGAAAAUCUCUCCAACCAGCUCAGAUGCCCUCCUCAGUUCCUCGGCAAUGACAGCCAGUCCUUCGCCGCCCAACGUGUACCUGCCCGCCAACUUCAAAAUGUCCAAUGCACAACUGGCUUUCUUUUUGCGGGAGGCUCAGAUCACAGGACAAACCGUUGGCGGUGGCGGCGGCGGCGGCGGUGGUGGCAGUAGGAGCAGCAGUAGCCCCAGUACUGGACACCCGCUGCAGCGCUCGGAGAGUUUUGUGGUUUUCCAGACAAAAGACCUCCCUGCCAUCAACAUAAGCUUUGGGCCUUUUGCCCGGGACCAGGCUCUGUCCAAGGAGCUGCUCCAGCCAGCCAGUCCUCUGGAUAUUCCUGGCCAGCUGACAGUCAACUGGAAGGUGAGAGCCUUCAUUGUUCAGGCGAGGGUCUUCUCCAGCAACCCCACUGUCCAGGUGUUUUUCUACAUCGCCGGCCGCGACUGGGACGACUUCAAGGCUCAGGAUAAGCUGCCGUGCGUCCGCCUGCACGCCUUCCGGGACGUUCGUGAAAUCAAAACCUCCUGCCGCAUGAAAGGCAACCUGGCGCAGUGUUUGGCCCAGCUGGAGCUGCCGCCGUCCUGGUUUAACACCAACGUGGCCCCGCUGGGUCGGAGGAAAGGCUCUGGUGACGGGCUCCUUGACGGCCUGACCAGCGAGACCCUCCAGGCUGAGCUCUACUACACGCUGCACGAGCCUAAUGUGGAUGGGGAGUGCAGCGAGGGUCACAGGGGCGGUGGCGCGUCCAGGGGAGAACCUCUGUCACAGCACCCCCUACUGCGCAUCGGCAGCAUCAGCCUCUACCAGGCCAGCCAGGAGCAGCUGCUGGUGGACAAGCAGUUAGACAAGAACAUGUUCCUCAGGCUGCCCGAAAAGCCACUGAAGCCUGGAGAGACCCUCAAAAUCUUCCUCUACUUGAUGCCAAACUCCACCAUUGAGCAGUUCUCCCUCAAGGUCAAAGCGAAAAAAGGAGUGAACCUGCUGCAGACCAAGUCAAAGAACGCCCAGUGGAAGGUGGACUGGGAGGUGCAGUCCGGCGCCAAGCAUUCCAUCACCACCAUCGAUGUGAACAAGAACAAAGCAGUGAAGCAGGGGGACGUGUUGGGAAACGUGGAGGUGAUGCAGCUGGAUUUCGAGAUGGAGAACUUCACCAGCCUGUCGGUGACCAGACGGAUCAACUGGAACAUUGACUACAAGGGCCAGAACCCGCCGCCGGACUCGGAGAAGGUGGUGACGGAGCUGACGGUGGUGCAGAGAGACAUUCAGGCCAUCAUCCCUCUGGCCAUGGACACCGAGAUUAUCAACACGGCCAUCCUGACCGGACGCACCGUGGCCAUUCCCGUCAAAAUGGUCUCCAUAGAGAUGAACGGGGCGGUCACCGACGUCUCGGCCUUCGUGCAGUGCAAGUCCUCGAAUGAAGACAUCGUUAAGGUUUCCAUGAAUUGCGACUACGUGUUCGUCAACGGGAAGGAGACGCGGGGCUCCAUGAACGCCAGGGUCAUCUUCAGCUACGAGCACCUGAGCGCCCCGCUGGAGCUGACCGUCUGGGUGCCCAAACUUCCCCUGCAGGUGGAACUUUCUGACAACAAUCUGAGCUUCAUCAAAGGCUGGAGGGUUCCCAUCCUGCCCGACCGAAGGAGCACCAGAGACAGCGAUGCCGACGACGAGGACGACGAGCGGCGGGUGAGUCGAGGCUGCACCCUGCAGUUCCAGCGGGCCCUGAUCAAGGUGCUGACCCAGUUCCACACCACGUCCACGGAGGGCACUGACCAGGUCAUCACCAUGCUGGGGCCCGACUGGCAAGUGGACGUCACCGACCUGGUCCAGGACUCCCUGAAGGUAGCCGACCCCAGAAUAGCGGAGCUGGUGGACAGAACGGUUCUGGUGGGCCUGGAGCUGGGAUCCACUGUGCUCAAGGUGGAGUCUCCGCUGGCAGUCGAUGCGGUGCUGGGAGAGGCGGCGUUCUCGGUCACAGAUGACAAGGUUUCCAUCACGGAGCUGCGUGUUCACGCUAUUUCAGGCCUGACCCUGUCGCUGCAGCCCAGCCCCGGCAACAGCCACACCAUGGUGGCCAAGGCAACGGGCCUCCAGACGCUCACUGCUCCCAAACAGGAGGCCAGUUUGUCUUUCUGGAUGCUUUUUAGUGACAACACAGCCGCCACUCUGACUUACUUUGAUCCCAAAGACUACAACCUCAAUGCCUCAACGCUGGAUGACAAAGUUGUGUCAGUUUCCCAGGAGCCUCAGCAGCGCUGGCCUGUGCUGGUGGCAGAAGGGGAGGGAUCUGGUGAGAUGGUGCGUGUAGAGAUGACCAUCUGUGAGGCCUGCCAGAAGACCAAACGCAAGAGCGUCAUCGCAUCUGCUGCAGUUUAUGUCAAGGUCCGCUUUGGCCCAGAGGAGGACUCCGAGGAAGAGGUGACCACGGAGGGCGAGAUUGAACUGGUGCCCGUGACCAGGCGUCCAAUCAUUGAUCCAAACAUCAGUGGAAGAAUUUAUGAGACAUCUAAUGAGCAACCGGCCAGCGUUCCCAUUGAUUACACCAAUUUCCCCACCAUGAGCAACGAGGAGCGCCCGACUGACAGCGACGAAGAGGAAGAAGAUGAUUUUGUGCAUUCACCUCGCAACAUGACCGACCUUGAGAUCGGCAUGUACGCUCUGCUGGGAGUCUUCUGCUUGGCCAUCUUAGUCUUUCUCAUCAACUGCAUCGUCUUCGUGCUCAAAUACCGCCAUAAGCGGAUCCCGCCUGAGGGUCAAGCCAACAUGGACCAUUCCCACCACUGGGUGUUCCUGGGAAACGGCCAGCCGCUGAGGGCCCAGUGCGAUCUGUCACCGCAGCAGGUGGAAAGUCCCAGCAACCCUUUGGAGGGUGUGCAGACUUGCUGCCAUGGGGACCACCACAGCAGCGGCAGCUCCCAGACUAGUGUUCAAAGCCAGGUUCACGGGCGGGGCGACGGCAGCUCCGGAGGAUCCACGAAGGAGAACGGCGAGGACGCCAGUUCGCCCACCUCCAAGCGCAAGAGAGUCAAGUUUACCACCUUCACCACCCUUCCGACAGAGGAGCUGCCCUAUAACUCCAUCCCCAUAGCAGACGAGGAGGACAUUCAGUGGGUGUGCCAGGAUAUGGGCUUUCAAGACCCAGAGGAACUGCACGAUUACAUGCGCAGAAUAAAAGAAAUAGCCUGAGAUAAGAGGUGCAGUGUGGAGCACCGCUCUCAGCUUUCUAAACGUAAAAAAAAUACAAAAUUAAAAAAAGAAACGUUCCUUUCUAUUUUUCUCUUUUUCACCUAAGUGAAAGAUAAUUUUUCACAGACUAAAAGGCCAGCUGUUGUUUUGGUUAGGGUUUGUUCCAUUUAGUUUGCACAGUGCUGUAAUCUCAUACACACUCACACAGAAGAGAACGCAAGGAAGCCAAAGACUUAACCAGAGGAUCUCAGUCGCUGGAGGAAUCUGUAAAUCUUGGCUAUAGCAAACAUGUUCCAUGGGGAAGCUGAGCCAUGGGCAGACGUGACUCUUAUUUUUCAGGAUCUGAUUCUAGAGAAAGCCUGACAUGGACAGGAGAGCAGAAGAGGUGGUGUCUCGGUGGCUCAUUGGGACUCUGCAGUACUGUACCUAUUCCAAACAAAGAGGCCUUUGAUGAACAAAUAACUGUCAAAGACUCUCGAGAAAGCUAUGUUUAAAAAGAAAUCAUUUUGUUUUUUGCCAAAGUAGGAAAAGUGUUCUUUUAAUGGUGAAACCCUCUUCAUUGUUGUUCUCGGUGCAGCACACUCAUGAUUUGUACUCAUGUUCAUUCCUUGCAUUUUUCUACAUUUCAUAGGUAGUCAGAAGCAGUGCCCUACUACUAGUCCUCGUGGUCCUGAGCGAAUCUAAUGCCUUAUAAAAAUGGUCACAGUUCACUUCUUAUAUCAGCGCGGACACCCUGUUUUCUCACUAUAGCUAGGGACGGCGUAGUAACGAGCGACGAUGUAAAAUACUACGGCUGCUCUCGAGCAUGAGGUAUAAAAAGAAAAGAGCUUGUGCAUUGUGAGGAUCUCUAACAGUCUUUGCAUGGAAGGGGAUCUUGAGGCACAAUCAGCAACGUUUUUGUUUUUUUUCCUCCAAAUUUGUAAAUGUUUAUAUUGUAAUUAUAUAAUCAUUCAUACACAUUAACUAAACUAAAUAUGUUAUCAUGCAUUACACGCAUGCCAUGUCAGGCCUACAUACAUGCAGACAUUCCUCUCUAGUAUAUGUAUAUACCGUACUGAGCUGGGACCACUUCCAGCACCGACGCUCGACGAGUUACUUACUCUGAGGUAAAAGAGUGGGAAGCUGGUUGAGGUCUUGAAAUUUUUAUAGUCUUGUGGUGGGUAGAAGGUUCCCCUUGGUAAUGUCAUGACAGAACUGUAGAUUUUUAACAAACUGGUAUCACGUUUGACUGUUGAACAUGGGGAUUUGCUAUGCAUCAGAACUGUAACAGAUCUAAUCUUUUAAUGAUUUAUUUCCCUUCCCCAAGUUUCGCUGGCCUCCAGCCUUUGGGAAAAUAAAAUUAGAAAAAAAAAAAACUUGUAAUGUACUAGUUGGAAACAUUCUCACUGAGCACAAGAUCCUCUGCAGGAAAUGUCAUCCACCGUUCAGGAAGGUUACUGAAUAUAUUAUUGAUUUUCCUCCAUUAUUUAAAUCAUGGCCAUCCCAUGCUGUCACGCUGUUCUCCGUGUUAUGUAUGUCAUCCUUAUUUUGUUUAUCUGUUCCAGUGAACCGACAUGUAGAGGUCACAAAUCAGCUUCAGCUGAAUAAUACGAACAGGGCAUGAGACUAGUAGCUCUUGCGGGGGGAAUAAAAUAUAAAAGAAGCAGCUGUGAGGAUGAUGUGAGUGCGAUUGUGAGAGCCUGUAAAUGUAUCUCAGGAUGCUGACUGGCUUCACUGACGAGUCAGGGUGGUUGCAAUCAACACAGCCAGCGAUGUGAUUGACGAGUUUUGUUAUGCAGAUGUGUCCUGAAGUGGUAUUCCUGAUACACUAAAGCGGGAAAAAGUUAAAGCAUUGGAUGGGUUACUGUACAUCAGUUUGACAUGCAGCAUCUGAAGACUGCGAGAGACUUCAACGAAAACAUAGCAAGGCAGCCAGGCACCGUAACUGAGAGCAGAGCUAAUAGUGUUUUUAACUGCAGCUGCCCUGUUAGCGUAGCAUAUGUUUGUAGUAUUAGAGAGGCUAACUCGAGACGACGUUUGAAGGCUGAUGUUAUUCCAACUCUGAUCUCACAUAAAACAAGUUCUUUUUUAGGACUAAUGAGACAACCAUGAGUUUAAAGUUACUUUCCAUGUUACUUUCCUUCAUUUCUGUACUGUGCAUCUGAGGGCUUGGGCUUGUUUUUUUUUCUUAUAUGUUAACCGACUGAUUUUGGUGAACCUGUGAGUAAACGAGUUCUAGUGAUAAUGAGUGGGAGCUCUAGUUGUUGUUGUUUUUUUGCUUUCCUACCUGCUCCCCAGCUCCUGAACUCUUGGUAAAGACCCAAUCCAGAACUGUUGUCAUCUCAUUGUGGCAUCUCUGUUACACAAAGAACUGCUUCAUUUUGGACAAAAUUAAAAACAUAAAAAGGUUGAUCAAAAAGUUACAAGAUUGUGCUUUCAGAAAUCAAAAACAAUCCAAUAAAAGUAGUCUCCUGCACAGUGAUGCAUGGUGCUUCCUGGAAGUCUUCUUAUGUACGCGUGUCAAGAACCAUCUAGAAUGAGCGGUGAAUCUCUUAAGCUUUAUCCAAACUGCAACUCAAAUUUCAUUUUGGGGAAGAGGAAGAAGCCAACAGAAGUCAAAUCUGGUGAGCAGGGCAAGUGGGGAAUGGUGAUUUUGUUGUUGCGGCCAAAAAACGUGCCAUUGCACCACAGUUCAGGUAAUUUGCAUCAAAUGUUCUCAGACAUCUCAAGAUGAUGGAGUAAAACUUGACGAUCUGAUUUUAGGGGACUAAUUUAUGUUUCAAACCAUGUGUAUGAUUGUAUGAUUUUGGAAACUGCAGGCUCCUCUCCUGUGACAAUUGUUCUCAUGGUAGUAGCCGCAGACCCAUUACUAGUGAUGAUCCUCAGUUUGACAGUUGGGUCGUCUCGGCUACUGACUGAUUCAAAAAGUCUCGUUUUCCUCUUUGCUCCAAUUUGCAGUAUGUACGGAAAUCGAACAUGCACAUUUACAAGUUGAAAAAAAACACGUAACCCAGGUCCUGAUAUUGAUAUUGCCGUUUUAUACCAUCUGCUAACUCGUUCUGUUGCCCACAUGUGUCCACGAUGCACCACUCAAACAGUCUUGAGACUUCUUGAUCAACUCUCUUAGUUUAUGCAUACUUGGAGGACUUGUUUAGUGAACUUCUUGUUCACUAAAUUGAUUAUAUGUAACUGUUAAAUGUGAUCUAAGUCAAUGGUCAUAGCAACAUUGUUAAUAUUGGAGCAAAACCUCAGAAUCAGAAAGUGGCCAUAAGAUAACUUCCCAUAGAAAACCACAGCUUUCAGUAUUCUUUGUGUGGAUAUAUCUAAAUGCUGGAUUGGGACUUUAAGGAUUUGGUUUACUGCAUGCCCCCUCUUUGUUCCACGUGGCUGAAAUGAAAAAUGACCUGAUUCUAGUGUUAAACAAUGUUCAGUCUGUGUUAGCAGCUGAAGAGAAGAGGAGAUAUUGUUUCUGACAGUCCAAGCCCGUCCUCCUUCAGCCACAGCAUCAACAUGAUUUGGAUUUGAGAGAAAUCGCAGCCAGCUGCAAGCGUUUCAGUUUUAGCUUCACACGAUGGUCUCUCAGGAUGAAUGUAGAAUUCUUAACUAAACCUGGCUGUGUUGUGUUUAGUGUCGACGUGAUCAGCCCAAUCUGGUGACAUUACAGAUUAAGUGUCUAAUAGCAGCUUCAUAUGGUUUUUCCUGCUGAUUUACUCACACAGUGUGUAAAUAUGUUGUUAUUUUUUGAUCAUUUUUAAAUCUGGCUUCCCCUCCUCAGUGCAUUUGGUGUCUUUUUUGUAAUGCUGCUUCGGUAACAUGCACAUGUUGCUCAUUUUGUAUUUUCUUCAGGCUGCUAAUAGAAACUUAGUCUUCUUACAACAUGUAAAUGAAGAUCUUGAAUUGUAUCCCCACCCCACGCCCCACUCAUGGUGAACUGUGCACAACGUGCACGGCUCAGUUGGCUGUGCCAAGCAACCACCACACUGACUAUAAUAUUGUAAUGUACAGAGCACUGUAUUCUCUUGAAGACAAACCCUUGUAUUUUCCCGUUAUAUGUAAAGUACUAAAGAAAAUGCAAUACACAAA